AACCAUUUACAAGUAACUUUCUCAAAACGUCGUGCUGGUCUUUUUAAAAAAGCCAGUGAAUUUUGUACUUUAACAGGGUCAGAACCUGCAAUUGUAGUUUUUUCUCCGGGCGACAAAGCUUACUCAUUCAGUUGUCCGGGUGUGAGUGAAGUCAUAGAAAAGUAUGAAAAUGAACCAUCACAUUUAUCAACAGUUCAA